AUGCGCCGGGCCAGCCGAGACUACGGCAAGUACCUGCGCGGCUCGGAGGAGAUGGGCGGCGGCCCUGGCGCCCCGCACGAGGGGCCGCUGCACCCCAUGCCUUCAGCACCAGCCGCGCCGCCGCCCCCUGCGGCUUCCCGCUCCAUGUUCCUGGCCUUGCUAGGGCUGGGGCUGGGCCAGGUGGUCUGUAGUGUCGCUCUGUUCCUGUACUUCCGAGCGCAGAUGGAUCCUCACAGAAUAUCGGAAGACGGCACUCGCUGCAUUUAUAGGAUUCUCAGACUCCAUGAGAACACAGGCUUACAGGACUCGACUAUGGAGAGCGACGACACAGAUGCCCUGUCCGAGUCCUGCAGGAGGAUGAAACAGGCCUUCCACGGGGCCGUGCAGAAGGAAUUACAACAUAUCGUUGGGCCGCAGCGCUUCACAGGAGUUCCAGCUAUGAUGGAAGGUUCAUUGUUCGAUCUGGCUCAGCGGGGCAAGUCGGAGAUGCAGCCCUUUGCUCAUCUCACCAUUAAUGCUGCCAACAUCCCAACGGGUUCCCAUAAAGUCAGUCUGUCCUCUUGGUACCACGAUCGGGGCUGGGCCAAGAUCUCCAACAUGACGUUAAGCAACGGAAAGCUAAGGGUUAACCAAGAUGGCUUCUAUUACCUGUACGCUAACAUUUGCUUCCGGCAUCACGAGACAUCGGGAGACCUAGAUUCCGAAUAUCUUCAGCUGAUGGUGUAUGUCAUUAAAACCAGCAUCAAAAUCCCAAAUUAUCAAAACCUGAUGAAGGGAGGAAGUACCAAAUACUGGUCAGGGAAUUCUGAGUUCCACUUUUACUCCAUAAACGUUGGAGGGUUUUUCAAGCUCCGAGCUGGGGAAGAAAUCAGCGUUCAGGUGUCCAACCCCUCUCUGCUGGAUCCGGAUCAAGAUGCGACCUACUUUGGUGCUUUCAAAGUUCAAGACAUAGAGUAA